AUCUCGAGUGGAGGAUUUCUGCUUUCCUAAAGCUUCUUGCUCACACUUCCUAGAGCCCCAGCGUAAAUAAGAGGAUUAUUCCGAAGAGAUGGCAGGAGAGACAGAGGAUGAGAUCCCUGAAACUGGAGCUGUUUUCACUUUUGGAAAGAGUAAAUUUGCUGAUAACGCCCCUAGUAAAUUCUGGUUAAAAUAUGACGUGCCUUUGAGAAUAUCCUGUGGAGAUGAACAUACAGCGCUAAUAACAGAAAAUGGGAAGCUGUUUAUGUUUGGCAGUAAUAACUGGGGGCAGCUGGGGCUGGGAACAAAGACCACUGUAAAUAAACCCACUUGUGUGAAAGCUCUUAAAUCAGAGAGGGUGAUGCUCGUAGCCUGUGGACGAAAUCACACACUUGUUUACACGUCCCAUGGUAACCUGUACGCCUCUGGAGGAAAUAAUGAAGGACAGCUUGGCCUGGGUGACUGUGAAGACAGAACCUUUUUCCACCAGGUGGACUUCUUUAGCAAAAAUGAACCAAUCAUUAUGCUUGCUGCUGGUUCCAAUAUAUCUGCUGCCCUUAAACAGGGUGGCAGGCUGUACAUGUGGGGCGAUAACUCUGAGGGUCAGAUUGGAUUGGGAAAGGAGAGUAAUGCAUUGACCCCUCGUGAGGUAUCAGUGGGAAAACGAGUUUCCUGGGUUUCAUGUGGAUAUUAUCAUUCUGCUUUUGUCACCGUGGAUGGGGCCUUGUUUACAUUCGGAGAAAAGGACAGUGGGAAGCUGGGGUUGCCCACAGAGAAGCUGGCUAAUCAUAGAGUCCCACAACAGGUGACGGGCAUCUCUGAUAGGGUGAUGCAGGUGGCGUGCGGUGGAGGUCACACGGUGGCACUUACAGAGCACGAGGUGCUUUCGUUUGGACUGGGUCAGUUUGGCCAACUCGGUCACGGCACAUUCAUAUUUGAGUCUCGUUUACCCAGAGUGGUUGAGCAUUUUAGGAGGGGCAGAGUGAAGCAUGUGGCGUGCGGAGAAAAUCACACAGCGGUUGUAACUGACAGUGGCCUUUUGUACACAUUUGGUGAUGGUCGCCAUGGAAAACUGGGACUUGGAGAUGAGAACUUCACCAAUCAGUUCAGACCAACACUGUGUCCAAGAUUCCUCAACUACCACAUACAGGCUGUAUCGUGUGGUGGAUGUCACAUGCUUGUGUUGGCCAGGCCCAGAGAUGAAAACUCAGAAAAUGUGAUCUUGGAAGAGGAUGAUGUCACAGAAGACUACUUUGAGAAGUCAUACACAGAGCUACUGGGGGAUACGCACAACCAGACCACACUAAACAGGAGUAUCUCUGCUCGUGUCAGACGCCGAGAACGGGAACGUUCUCCAGAUCAGUUUGGACAAAUGUUCAGAACUCUUCCAAACCUAAGUGGAAAUCAACUUAAUACAUCAAUACCUGCUCCCAAUCAAACCUGGCACGCCCACGGUGAACAACCCAGGAAGAUCUCUCACAACGGCCUUCAGAUUCCAAGUGACAAAAACUUUUCAGAGGAUAACGAAAGCGUAAAAGAUCUUGGAGAAACCACUGACUUAUUAAACCUGACUCAUGUAAUGAAGAUGGACCCAUGUGAUAACAGCCUCACAUUGUCUCCUAUACAGAAGGAUUACGAUCAACAAGCUUUCAGGAUCCAGAAGGACGAGACAAAUGAAAGUGUAGGGGGAGAAGAUGAAGAAGAAGAAUAUUCUGAUGAGGAGGAGGUAGAAGAUGAUGAUGUUUCAGAGGUUGAAGAAGAGGCAAAAUGGGAGGAGAAUGAAAAGAAAGAGGUGAUUUUAGAUGAGAAAAGAACCGAGAUGGUGAAGCAGGAGCAAACCAUUACAGAACCAGAUAUACAGAAAAAAGAGAUUAUAACAGAAACAUCUGUCCCUGAUGGACCAACAAAAGUUUCUGAAGAUCUAACUGAUCCUGCUACCAUCUUAAAGGAGAAGACACAGCCAGUGAAAAAUGGUGUUCAAGGAGGCAAACCGAAGACUCUUUUUGGCUCCAGGAAUAGGCUUUCUUUUUUCAAGAGGACAUCUUCCACCGCAAGCAAUCGGGAAAACCCAGUAGAAAGCCCCUCAAGCAAACCACCAGCUGAUGGCCCGUGUGAAAACUCAAAGACUCAAGAGCCAGAAAGAUUUAGCCAUGAACCCCAGACCGCAGGGGCCGACCGGUCCCGAUCAGCUGCUUGCAAUUUACUUUGACAUCUUUUAUCAGCCUCAGUGUAAUGGACCCCAGGCUGGACAUGCUGUUUAUGUGGUGGCCAUUUUUGGGGAAAAACAAAACUGGAAUUAGGAUUAAAGGUUUAAAGGCAGUUUCACAGACAGAGCAGCGUCAUAUCCUGUUGAUGUUGUUGAGUUUAAUCACACUGUGCCUUAUGCUGCCACGCAGCAGAGUUUCAGAUAAUGAAGUACAGUCGGGAGCCAUAUUGUUUCUUCUUGGUACUACAGUCAAUAAUGUCAUUUCCUUCAAAUGUGUGCAGUCUGUGAUGGUAUGAUUUUUAUGACUUUUCUAUGAAAAUAAUGAUCAACGUCAUUACUUGGGAGUUAAGUACAGAUAUGUACUGUAUCAUUAUAUCUAAAAAUUUGAUUGUGUGUGUUUUGUAUAUAUUUAUUUAAGUGUGACCACACUCUCAAGGCACCUGUGCACUUUACAUAUUAAAUAUAUUGUGUUGCUUUGAUGAUUGUGUCAUUUGAAUUUUUGCAAUGUUAUUUGCAAUGUUUUAAUUGAAAUAAUAUUUAUAUCAUACUAAAAUGUGUUCUGUUGUUUCAUGAGAGAUAUUUAUGUAUUAUUUUUUGUGGCAGAUUAUUCUAAAUUGUCAUGGUGAUGUGAAUACUCUUAGAAAUUAAUUUAAAUUGCUUUAUUAGUUUAAAGAAAAUGGAAGCUGUCUGGCAACAUCUUAAAUUUGACAACAAACCCUAAAUGGUUAGUUUACACUUUAGUUUUUAUUUUUAAAUAUACAACAUGAAGGUGACUUUUCCUUACGUAGAACAAUAAAAUAUAUUUUAGC